GGCGCAGUCUUCUUCCUCCUCUCCUUCUUUUGGUUUUCUCUGUGUAUCAGCAUCUCCAAAUUUUCUUCUCAAGUGUUUCAAUCAUGAAUCUUCUUUGCUUUAAUUCGAAAAUACAAAAGAUGAGGGGAGCAAGUGCAAUUUUCAGGAAGUUUAAAAAGUGAAAUGCAGUAGCUACCGUGCUACUGCAUCUUUGGUGUAUCACUGUUGAAAAACGCAAAAUUUGGAGGAUAUGCGAUGCGUUUCGGUGCUGGGUUGGAGGUGAUUCUUCCCUCAAAUUUCCGUUUUGCAGUAUGGGUUGGAGAUGCCCUUAGUUAAAAUUUUGUAUUCAUAAGUAUAAUUUCAGGGUUUUAGAUGCAGAAUUCGAUUGAAAUUUAGCAGAAGUAGUAUAUACAGUUCGCAGUCGAAAACGAACACCUGGUGUUUGAUUUUACGCCUCUGAGAAAUAGUAGGUGAGUUUCAACAUGCGUGAGUAUGCAAGCAGAGAGAGCAAAAAUCUGAAAUCCAAGAUGUUAGGAGCAACUUCAAUUCAAAUUGGGGAAGAUGAUGUUUCGCGGCUGGUUGGUGGCAUAGUUGAAAAGGGCUUCUCCGAAGCUCGGCAGACUAGGCCGUUACCUCCGCCCACAGGGCCGCGCCCCACCGUGCUGCCCUUUCCGUUGGCGCGCCACCGCUCACACGGCCCGCAUUGGGCUCCUAACGUUGGAAAUUCGAACGGCAAAGACAGUGAAGAUGAGCUUGCUGGAGAAGAGGAAGAUUUCGAGGGGAGAGCAGUAGCUGCUGCUGCUAAUCCAUUACAAAGAAAAGAGAAGAGGGGUUUGGAUUUCAGUAGAUGGCGGGAGAUGGCAAAAAAAGCUGGCAGCUCGGGGUUCCAUGAGAAGGAAGAGGGAUGGUGCUCGAAUGGGGAUGAAGUUGAGCCAAAAGAGACAAAAAUGGCUUCUAAUGGUGAUGCACAGUUUCAGUCUAUGACAAUGACUAGUAAUGUUUCGACAAUCAGAGAGGCGAAAGGAGAAGCAAAAGACGCAUCACAUUUGGCAAGUGACAAGGAGUUUUACAGCUCUGAAUAUGGGAAAAAUGGAAAUAAUGUCCAAACUAUGCAAUAUCAACAGGAUGGCAUUGCUGAAUCUGAUGGAAAUACUGUUGUGGAGAAGGCGUCUACAUGGCAGAAUGGAUUGAGGAAAGAAGUGGACCUGAAAAGGGAGAAUAUGCCAAAACCACAUACAGCUUCUGUUUUCUCAGGGCAGGCGUCAGUAGGUGGAGAAGAAAGUAGUCUUCAAAGUCAGAUAGAUGCUGAGAAUCGUGCUCGAAUAGCAAAUAUGUCUGCUGAUGAACUUGCUGAAGCACAAGCUGAGAUAAUGGCUAAGCUAAACCCAAAAUUGAUUGAUGCAUUGAAGAAAAGGGGUCAAGGAAAAGACAAGAGGCAAAAGUCUUACGAGACAGAUGUUACGGGCAGUGCAUCAGUUGAUAUGCAACAUGAGGAAGCUUUGCCUAAAAUUUCUGGGAACACUGUCUCUCAUGAACCAAUGGAAAUAGAAACUGAAAGUACCUUAAAAGAUAAGGAAGACAAUGUUUCUACAAAUGCAAGCCCAGAUAAAGGUAGCAUAUGGAAUGCUUGGAGCAAAAGAGUUGAGCGCGUUAGAGAUGUGAGAUUUUCCUUAGAUGGAAACAUUAUUGGCUUUGGUAUGGAGUCCAAUAUUGGUGAUCCUGGUGCUGGUGGUUACACAAUAAAAGAAGCAUUAGCAUUAGCUAGAAGUGUGGUUCCAGGCCAACGGACACUUGCUUUAAGUGUAAUUGCAGCUAUUCUUAAUCGGGCAAUUUCUAAAAUCAUUCAGAAUCAAGUUGAUUCUGUUUCUAAUAUUGCUGAUUCUGUGGAGCCUGCUGACUGGGUUGCUAUUUGGGCUUAUGCUCUGGGUCCGGAACCUGAGCUUGCUUUAUUACUGAGAAUAUCUUUUGAUGACAACCACAAUAGCGUUGUCCUCAAUUGUGCCAAGGCCAUUCUUAGUGCAUUGAGUUAUGAUACAAACAAGAUUUUAUUUGACAUGUUGGAGCGGACACCAACGUAUUCGAAGGAUGUUUCUACUGCUCCUGUAUUCAGAAGUAAACCAGAUGUUAAUGUUGGUUUUCUUCGUGGUGGCUUUUGGAAGUAUAAUACUAAGCCUUCCAAUAUUCUUCGUUGUGGUGAGGAGAUGAUGGAUGACGAAGCUGAAGGUGAGGGCGAGCACACUAUUCAGGAUGAUGUAGUUGUUGCAGGGCAGGAUUUUGCUGCUGGUCUUGUUAGAAUGGGGACUCUUGAAAGGAUCUGCUAUCUCUUACAGACAGACCCUGCUGCACCAUUAGAAGAAUGCUUAAUAUCAAUAUUGAUAGCUUUAGCAAGGCAUUCUCCAACUUGUGCUGCUGCAGUUUUGGACUGUGGAAGGCUUGUUCAGACAAUUGCUGGAAGAUUUACUUCAAAUGAACAAAUGGAAAUCAAUGGCAGUAAAAUCAAAUCUGUUACUCUAUUCAAAGUAUUGGCUCAGCAUGGCAGGAAGAAUUGCUCAACAUUUAUUAACAAUGGAAUUUUUCGUCAGCUGACUUGGCACUUGUACCGGUAUCCAUUUUCUCUUGAUCUAUGGGUCAAGUCCGGGAGAGAGUCCUGCAUACUUUCAUCUGCUAUGCUGGUUGAACAAUUGCGUUUAUGGAAGGUUUCCGUUAAUUAUGGAUAUAGUAUUUCGGACUUUUCUGACCUAUUUACAUCAUUGUGUGCAUGGUUGAGUGUACCUACCUUUGAGAAGUUAAGCAGCUAUGACGUGAUGAGUGAAUACUGUGCCAUCACAAGGGAAGCUUAUCUUCUUCUUGGAGUUAUGGCUAAUAGACUUCCAAACUUCUAUUCAAGCAUGCAAGAACCACCCGCAGAUACUGUUCAAGAUACAGACCCUUGGUCAUGGAGACACUUUGGUCCUAUUAUAGAUUCGGCAGUUGAGUGGAUACAAGUUAAAAAUAUUGCAUUCGUAUCGAGGCUCUUCAACUCCCAGAGUAAUGAUGGUGAGAGGAUCUGUUUCCAGGAUUCAAAAGUAAAUUCCUUGCUAUGGAUAAUUUCUUCUGUUUUAAGUAUGCUUGCCAGCGUGCUGAAAGCUGUCAUCCCAGAGGACUUUACGAGCUUACCUGAUGGCCGAUUGCCAUGGUUGCCAGAGUUUGUUCCUAAGAUUGGACUUGCAUUUGUUAAAAAUGGGUAUAUCAGGUCUGGAGGAUCAAGUGAUCCUUCUGAAAAUGGCUCUUUUGUAAAGUAUCUAUGUGAUUUGAGACUUCAAGGAAGUCCUGAAUUUGCAAUAUCUUCUCAAUGUUGUCUCCAAGGGUUCUUCCAAAUAGCAGAUUCUGUUGAUAAGUUGGUUACACAUGCAAAUCUCGAUAUCCAUUCAGCACGAGUUGGAUAUAACAAUUUCUCAAGGGACGAUAAGAUUCUUGCUAAUGGUAUACUGAAGUCCUGUUCAACUGAAAUACAGUAUCUGCUGUCAACUUCAAUGGAAGCAAUUACUAGUGACUGGCAAUUCCUGCGGCCUAUUGAGAUGUUCAGUAGAGGCGGCCCUGCUCCAGGAGUUGGUGUUGGCUGGGGUGCCUCUGCUGGAGGGUAUUGGUCCUUAAAUUCUUUGUUGGCUCAGCAAGACGCAGGAUUGCUCGUUUACUUGCUUGAAGCUUUUGGGAUUCCAUCUACUGUGGAUCCAUCAGAAGCCGAAGAGAUGGACUGCACAAUGCAAAAGAUAGAAUGCAUCCUUACUGCUUGUUUAAUUGUGGGCCCAUGGAGUAGCUCAGUCCUUGAUAAGUUACUAAAAAUCAUCUUCCAGGUUCCUGUACUCAAGCAUCUGAGUUAUGGCAUUCAUAAGUUCCUCUCUCUUAGAAAAGGAUACAGUUCUUUCAAGUGGAACUAUGAUGAUGAAGAAUAUGCACUGAUAUCUAAUGUUUUGGCCUCUCACUUUAGAACCAGGUGGCUUGGUGCAAAGAAGAAACGAAAAGCCAUGCCUGAGACCAACCAUCCAAGCCAAAAAUCUACAAAGAAAAAGGUUCGUUUUAUGGAAACUAUUCAUGAGGAUAUGAAUGCGACAAGUGAAGCUGGUGAAGUGAUGUCUUCUUCAUCUUCAUUAAUAUUGGAGUGGGCUCGCCAGAGAUUGCCUCUUCCGGAACAUUGGUUUCUGAGUGCAAUCUCCACCAUUCAGUUAAACAAUAACACAUGUCCGCCCAGUGCUUCUCAUGGUGAAAUCUUUUCAGAGGUGGCCUCAGACAUUGUAGAAGUUGCUAAGAGCGGACUCUUUUUCCUCCUGGCUAUCGAAGCCAUCCCUACCUCUCUUAGCUCUGAGUUCCGCUCACCUGCUAAAUGUGUUCCAGUUGUUUGGAAACUGCACGCCAUGUCUGCAACAUUACUUUCUGGGAUGGGUGUUCUGGAAGACGAGAAAAGCAGGACUGUCUAUGAAACCUUGCAGAAUGUGUAUGGCGGAGUUCUUGAUGAGAAGAGGUCUUCAGACGUGCUCGGUCACACGGGUGUUGAGCGCCUGAAGUUUGCAUCAGACAUCCACGAUAGCUACCCUACAUUCAUCGAAACUCUAGUGGAGCAGUUCUCAGCUGAAUCGUAUGGUGAUGUCAUAUUUGGGAGGCAGGUUGCAAUGUAUUUACAUAAAUCCGUUGAAGAUUCUGCAAGGCUUGCUGCGUGGAAUACCUUGUCUAAUGCACGCGUUCUUGAGCUCCUGCCGCCUCUACAUAAGUGCCUCGCGAAGGCUGAUGGCUACCUUGAACCCAUCGAGGAUAACGAGAGCAUCCUAGAAGCCUACGUGAAAUCGUGGACCUCUGGCGCCCUUGACAAAGCGGCAAACAGGGGCUCAGUAGCAUUCUCUCUGGUUCUGCAUCAUCUUUCAUCCUUCAUAUUUGGCAGUGCUGGUGAUGCUACUCUCUCACUGCGCAAUAAACUCGCGAAAUCUCUGAUGCGCGACUAUUCUCGCAGGCAGCAACACGAGGGGAUGAUGGUGAAAUUGAUAUGCGACAAGAAACCUGAGCCCGAGCCGCAAGCAUCGGCGACAGCAGCUUCGUCUCUACCUAUGUCGGCGAUAGAAAAGAGGUUGCAACUUCUGACAAAAAUUUGUGAUGGAUGUGCGCCUCAAGUGGCAAAGCUUGAAGCCUGUAUCAGAAAAGAGCGUUCAGAAUAAGGUGGCUGUUAGUAUGGAGUUAAUCAUGAUUUUGGAUGUUUGAUGAUCUUGUAAACAAUCUCGGCCCGGCCCGGGCCGGGCCUCUUUUUGGGUCUGGCCGUCUGUCAAAUAAUAGGUGUAAUAAAGUUAUACCGCAA